UACCCUCUCGCCCAAUCAGAUCACACCGUCGCGUCCUAUAAUUCCCUAUCCCCACUCACAUUUCAUUUUCACAAGCACUCCUCUGUCUCGCGCAUACUUCUCUGUCGCCAAAGAUUCGAUCUUUUUCUAGGGUUAGGGUUUCUCCGUUCCCAAUUUCUGUGAUUCCGUCGCCGAUUCUCGGAAAAUGAGUGCGAAAGAAGGAGCGUCGACCAAGGGAGGCAGAGGCAAGCCGAAGGCCUCGAAGUCUGUGUCGAGGUCGCAUAAGGCCGGUCUUCAAUUUCCUGUGGGUAGGAUCGCCCGGUUCCUCAAGUCUGGAAAGUACGCCGAGCGUGUCGGUGCCGGCGCGCCUGUGUAUCUCUCCGCCGUGCUCGAAUACCUCGCCGCUGAGGUGUUGGAGCUUGCUGGAAAUGCUGCGAGGGACAACAAGAAGAACCGCAUUGUACCAAGGCACAUCCAGCUUGCGGUUCGGAACGACGAGGAGCUGAGCAAGCUGUUGGGGGCAGUGACCAUUGCUAAUGGAGGAGUGUUGCCAAAUAUCCACCAAACCCUCUUGCCUAAGAAGGUCGGAAAAGGCAAGGGCGAUAUCGGAUCCGCCUCUCAGGAGUUUUAGCUCUCUCUUUUGCGGUGUAGCGACGUUGAUUAGUCACCGCAGUUGUAUAAUAUCAUGGUUUUCGUUUUGCUGUUUUUAGUCGACCUUGUGAUGUUUAGUGCUUGUAAUUUCUAUGAUAUAAUGAAAUGGUUAUGUUAAUCUUUU